CAUAUUUGAGGUGUUGGCAUGCAUAGUUGUUUUCAUAGCUGCUAAAUUUGGAAAAUAACCUGAUGCCAGGUCAAGCACUAAGAGCUCAAGCACCAAGGAGAAAAAAGUAGUAAACUGGCAACAUAGCUGAAUGUGUUUUAACCAUAUUUUGAAAUAAAUAUUACUUUCGGAAAAUACUAAUAGAGGAAAACUAAUAUUUUGGAGUGAUUGGACAAAUUUUGUCAAACUUCUGCAGUGAGUAACUUCGCAUCUUCACAUUCAGCUUCCUUCCAGUUUUUCCCAAAUUAAUUUCUAAUCGCUUAGUUCCUUAGAUUGCUGCUGGUCAAGACAGGUGAUGCUCACCUUUUUUUCUAUGUGCAUGCAGUGUGUACAACUCCGUCUUCUAUGGCAAAGUGAUUAUACAACAGAGGACUUCCUGUAGUGUGCAGCCAGCCUGCUGCAGAAGCAACUUAUCAUGCUGCUCUCUACUGGAACUUUCUGCUGGGACAUUUAACCCCCCCGCUGCUGAUUUGCUCUGUGCACACUGCACACGGGGUAUGCACAGGGAUAUGGAGACCUUCAGUGUCACACAGUAAUGCCUCAAGGGGAACCGAUCAGUUUCUAAGUGGGUUAUUCAGUAACUCAGAGAUCGGUGACAUUUAAAGGAAACAAAGUGAGUGAUUAGUCCCUCGUCCUCUUUGAAACCAUGUGAUAAAAAUACUGCCUAAUACCCAUUGUCUCAACAUACCCAUUCUUCAGGCACACAAUUUCAAUUGUGUUGCUUUUUUUUCCCAGCCCCGUGGUGCCUGGGAAAAAAUUAUUCGUGGGUACAUUUAACAUGUCAGAUAUGUGCACACAUAUACAACAACAAAGUCUUGGCUUCUACAUUUAGAAAAGCGUUGCAUACGCUUAAAUUCAUUCUAUGAAGACAAAGUCUACUCUGCCAUAUGCACAAGAUAUGAAGAAAAGUGUAACGCUGGUUGAAAAACACAUCUAAAGCUGCCAAAUGGAAUUCCUGCAUAUUUUCACUGAAUAAAAAAUAUAGUUGAAAAGCUCAUUUGAAGACAUCAUAUGGCGGAGGGGUUAAUGUGUUUGAUGGCAUACAGCCAACAAUAAACUAAAGGGCAUUAGUGGACACCGUACAGUCGUUCCUUCCCUCGCAGCCCUCGUCCACCUCAAUCAUCGUGUCUGCCACUGGAGUAGGAGAGAGGGAGACGGGGAAAGGGAGAGUGUAUGUUUUUGUUCUUGGGCAGAAAGGCGUUCUCUUGCCUCAGGAUGUUGCCUUUAAAGCUGAAGAAGUGGGUUUCCUGCGGAGGAAACGAUCACAGAAUAGGGGCGAGACACCGUGUUCCCAACAUUUCUUGAGCACAGGUCAUCACGCUGCAGAGCGAGCGGCUGGUCCUCAGUUCAACACAGUGGGGCUCAUGGCUUAGAGGGGUGAGUGUUUCCCCCUGAUGGAUCCUGGAUACUUUGAGGACUGAUUGACUGACAGCAGAACAUUUGAGCAUGACCUUCUCCACGGGGGAAUGCAUUCAUGAAUAUUGCACAAUGGACAAAUGACAAGUAGAGUCAAACUGAUAACAACGAUGACUUUUUGUCUUUCCUUUACGCCUUGAAUGAAUGAAUGGGAGUUUUUAAACCAGCUCAUCACCCUGUGACCAUCAGUCCACAUCUGAGUGAGGUCCCUUCUUGUUUCCAAUGUCAGAUAUCUGACCAACAAAGACAUGUCCAAUGAUAGUUGCAACCUCCCAUUGGACACGGACACAUUCGGCCUGACCUGCAUCUAUGGCCUCAUCUUCUCUUUGGGUCUCCCCAGCAACCUGCUGUCUCUCUGGGGACUCUACCAACUGGGCCGCUCGGGUUCAGGAGGCUGCCAGCUCGUCUAUAUCCUCAACCUGCUGCUAUCAGACCUCCUCCAGCUGCUCACCCUGCCACUGUGGAUCCUUUAUCUCCAGGGCGAGCACCGCUGGCCUUACAGCCGGCUCACCUGCGAGCUGGUCGGCUACGUGUUUUACGUGAACGUCUACGCCAGCGUCAUGUUCCUGUGCCUGAUAGCACUGGACCGCUGCCUGGCAAUUGUGUACCCGCUGAGCAGCCGCGGGGUGCGGACCGUCAGGGUGGCAGCAGUGUCAGGUGUGGCGGUCUGGACCCUCACAUUCCUGUUCUGCCUGUGUGGGCUGCUGCCGUCGGUGUUUGACUCUGAUAGGCUGCUGUGUCUAGAGCAGUACCCCGUCAGUCCCAGAUACGCCCACUUUAAGAUCACCUCCGUGGUGCUCGGUUUUCUGCUGCCAUGUGCCAUUCUAGGCUACACCUCAGCACACAUCGGGGUGACACUCCGUCGAUCUCCAUCCCUCUCUGACCACGAGCGACACAAAAUUGUGGGCAUCCUGGUCGUAAUCACCGUCAAUUUUAUUGUCGUCUUCGGGCCGUACCACCUCGUGGGCGGAUACAGGUUUGUGUCCUUGCUGCUGACCGACGAGCCGUGUGGACUGGAGCGUUCCAUUUUCCUCACCUAUCGCCUGUGUUACGGCCUGACCAGCCUCAACACCCUGCUGGACCCCCUCUUCUACAUCUUCCUGUGCCCAGACGCUCGGCUGGAGCUGCAAAGGUCCCUGCCCUGUUUGGGAAGGGGGCAGAAAACCCGCAAACAGACGACCCCAAGUGACAGAGCUCCCCCGCACACUGAGGGGGAGAGUGAAAAUGGACAUAAUAACCUUCUUGCAAUAUGACUUUGAUAUGGCCAGUGACUCCUGCUUUUAAGUCAAAGUAACUGCCCCACCCAAUAGAAAUGCAUGUGCAUGGUUCAUGUGCUGAAGUCAGCUAAAUGAUUUUAUCUACAGUUUUUAGUGUCAGCUCCUCAUUUAUAUUCAGAGGAAAACAGAAACACUUGUGGGUGGCGCAAAGCUUUCAAGGUGCCAAGAACUGUUACUUACAAUAACCCCAAUAGUUUCUUAGAAAUAUGCAAAUUCACUGUUUGUCAAAAAAGGAAAUCUUCUAAGUAGGGAUAUAUAACUAUGUGAAACAGAACUUUUGCUUUCAAAGAGAUUGGUGUGAAAUGUGGAAUUUACCAACUCUUCCUACUGUCAUGUUUACAACACUGUAUACAAAGUCUGCUGUAAGUUAGUGGUGUGAACCACCACCCAAAUAUAAGCAUGACUGUGGUUCUACAGGGGAAAGAGAAAUGUCAUUCUGCAACACAGGGGUGCUUUUCUGUUUCUUUAUUAAUGUUUAGAAAUGUCACGUAACAGUAUUAAAAGGAGCAGAAAUAAAA